AUGUAUCGGACUGCUCCGUUGCGAGGUGCGAAGUACAAUGUCGCCGUGGUGGGCGGCGGCCUCACCGGUUGUCUCGUCGCCGGCCGCCUUGCGAUGGGAAACGUGACGACCGCCCUCGUUGAAGAGGGCGACGAUAUCCGAAGGAAGCCGCGCUGGUACCGAAGCGUUCCCUCCAGUCUCCUCAUCCACCGGUUUGCGAGGCGCAACUACGAGAGCUUUGAAAAUGUGACGACGCCCCAAAAGACGCACAAGGCAGCGGACGCGCCGGUGCCCGUGACGAUUCCCACCCCACGCGUACUCGGCGGGGGCGGCAUUAUGGGCGGCCGCUCGUGGAACUUGGGCGAUCAGGAGGACUGGGAGGGCGCCGGGUGGAGCUUCCGCGAGGAGUUGCUCCCGCGGGUGCAGCGGCUCGAGAGCUUGGAGGAUUCCCCACCCCACCGUGGGCGCCGCGGCAAAUUUUUCAUUUCACGCUCCGAGGCGCUCUCGCCUUUUUUCAAGUCCUUCUGUGAGGCGAUGUCGAAGGACACGGCCCUGACCGCCGACUUUAAUAGGAAGGAGUACCACGUCCGCCCCGGCUGCGGGCGCGCUGAGACGUUUGUGGACCAGCGAACAGGAGUUGCCCACACCACGCUGCAGAGCUACUUGUUAGACGCCAUCGCCCUUAAGCGGCCGCUGGACGUCGUCUGCAACGCGCGGGUCAUUGGCAUCAACGCAAAGGAAGGCGACAAAACUACCAGCGCCGGUGUUUCCUAUGUUUUGUCCAACGGCAAGACCGAAAGCGUUGACGCCGACGCGGUGAUUUUAUGUGCUGGAGGGAUUGGGACACCCCGCUUGCUUGCCUCCUCGCAGGGAACACUUUCGAUCGACCCCGCCGUGGGCACGAAUUUCUGGGAUACGCCGCAAGUCAAGAUGCAGUUUCGAACCCGCAUUCAGCUGAGCCACAACUGUUUCAUGGAACCCCUUGUACAGAUGUGUGUGGGGCUAAAUCUUAUGUACGGCAAGCCGCUCCACGCGCUGUGUUCCGCGUACGAUGACAUGAUAUGCUAUUGGUCUAGCACCGGUGAUCAGUGCCCGGACGUGAAAUUUAUUUUCCAGCCCUUCACGAUGAACAACGACGGCACCAUCCCGGUGGGAGGGUCGCAUGGGGUGCAAAUUAUUGCGCAGCUGGUGCGCCCCAAGAGCCGUGGUUGCAUCCGUGCCGAUGGAACGAUUGAUCCACAGUAUCUGACGCACCCGGAUGACGAACGGGCCCUUCACAAGGCGGUGGCGCGUAUAAAGGAGCUGACCACGAUGCUUCCACUCUCAAACAUUUUUUCUGACAUGAUUGCUGAACGCUUUGAGUCCGCCAGCAUCUACGGCGGGGCGUCAUUCCCCGUCUUGGACCCUGCCACAUUUCGGGUGAAAAACACCAGCAAUGUCUACGUCUGCGACGAGAGUCUCCUGCGUUCCCCGCUAGUGGGCGAUUCACUGCCGUACAUGCUGGCGCUUGGAGAGAAGUUUGCCGACGAGUUCCUGCACAAGCCUGAGAUGCGCGGCAAGAAAGAGGAGGAGGAUAAGGGAAUGAACAAGGCGCGGAUUAUUUAUUGA